AUGGAGGUGGAGGCAGCGAGUGGCAGCGCCAGCGAGAGCAGGUGGUCGAAGCUGGGAACAUCGCUUCCCGUCACUAACGUCCAGGCGCUGGUGGCAUCCGCCGGCGAGCUGACGGUCGACAAGAUCCAACGGUAUAUCCAGCCGGACAUCGACGCACACGCCGUCCUCCCCGAGCUGUCCGACGACGUUCCGGUGAUCGACAUCAGCAAGCUCCUGAGCCCCGAGUCCGCUGAAGCGGAGACCGCAAAGCUCAGAUUUGCCUGCGCGGAGUGGGGCUUCUUUCAGGUACGUCACUCGAGGGCCAAUAUUAGCCGACCAUUCGACCCGGACGAUUCCCAGGUCCGCAGCGAUGUGAACGGCAUGAGACAUGGCAGAGAUCUCAGCUGCAAAAGGAUUAGUGAUGUGCUCCUGCCUGCCCGCCCGGGCAAAGGCCAGAUUGCCAUCUUUUGUUCUUACCACCACUCCCCAUCCUGCAUGAUUCUGGCCUGGGACGAAAGACCCGUCCACAUUGAUCUUGUAGUCUGCUUGGGACGGCGGCCGCCACUUGUCGGGUACAGGCUUGUCCGCUGGCUUCCCAAAGAUCUCCAGGAACUCGAGCACACUGCUCCUCGUGUGGCGCGCCACUGUGUCCGCAGCCAAAGGCAUCUCUCCCUGACGAAGCUUGUUGCGGUUAGACCACCACAGCCACCAGAAUUCAUAAUGGGGAUAGAGCAGGGCAUUCAAAAGUUCUUUCGACUCCCCUUGGAAGUUAAGAAUGCAUAUGCUCAACAACCAGGGGAUCUUCAAGGUUAUGGCCAGGCGUUUGUUGUCUCUGAUGAUCAAAAGCUAGAUUGGGCUGACAUGUUGGCUCUCUUCACCCAACCACCCCAAGCUCGCGAUAUGAGUUACUGGCCAAGUCAACCUCAUACUUUCAGGAUGAGCUACUACCCUCCAUGCACGUCAACACCAGAAAAGGUUCUAGGCUUCUCACCACAUUCUGAUGGAUCUUUUCUAACUAUUCUGCUCAAAGUUAAUUCAGUUCAAGGCUUACAAAUUAGAAGGCAUGGUGCGUGGGUUCCCGUGAAACCACAUUCUAAUGCACUGUUGGUGAAUGUGGGCGACCUUCUUGAGAUCAUGACGAAUGGGAAGUACAAGAGCAUUGAGCACAGGGUCACCAUCAAUGCCCACAAGGAGCGAUUAUCUAUAUCAGCAUUUCACAUCCCAAAUUAUGACGGAAUUAUUUCACCAAUUUUGGGAACUACAGGAGAGAAGAUGUUAUACAAGACAGUGAAAGUAGAAGAGUAUGCAAGACUUUAUUUCUCAAACAAACUAGAAGGAAAGAGAGCCUUGGAUUAUGCGAAGUUACCCAAAAUUUAA